ACUCUCGCCAAGGUACCUGAAUAAGUAUACAGCUUUUGUAAAAUGUCCCGUAAACAAUGUCUCUGUAUUGUCUUUGUCAUUCCCUUUUGGUCCAUCGCAGAGGGAGGGACUUUCAUCAACAACGAGCCUUCCUGGAACAUUCCGGCCGAAAUACGAGGUUACGUUGAGGAGCAUUUUGCCGCUUUGACCUCGGAUCUAACAAGUCGUCUGGAGGAACUCGAGAAAAGACACACGCAAGAUAGAUCUAGGAUUGACGUUCUAGAACGUGUUCGCGAUAACAACAUUGAUCAGAUAAUGAAUAUGAGACGAGAUUUAGAUGACAUCAGGAGAGAAAACAAUCGUCUGAAGGAAAGAGUCAACACUGUCGAAAAUCUACUACAUAGACAGACACUGACAGGCCAAACGGAGGUGAACACAACAGUAUUUACCCAGAACACUAGCGAGGAAGGCCCUCGUCGCCGAGGGAGACGUCUCGGAAAGUUCAGAUCCAGAUGGACGGGAUCCAAUCACGGGAACUCUACAAAUCGUCAGACUGGAUUUAGGAAAGACUUGAAUGAAGACGAAAUACGUGGAGGUGAUUUAAACAGGAGCGCACGUGUAGGUCCGACCAGUAACGUAGUAGCCUUCCACGCUGCACUUGGACAAACUCUUUCUGGUGCUGGUACAGGGCAUCCCAUUGCGUUCGAUAACGUCAUCACGCUGGUCGGUGGCCACUACAGCAAGAACACGGGCGUCUUCACGUGUCUUCGUGAGGGGGUUUAUGCUUUCCAAUGGAGCCAUCGAGUCAGCUCUGCAAACGCUUAUAUGUUCACAGAGCUUGUCAAAAAUGGACAAUUUGUCGACAGAGCUAUUUCAUAUCAUGCCACUAUCGGUUCAUCGUCAGCGAUUGUCGAGCUGACCGUCGGUGAUGAAGUUUGGGUCAAAGUUACUGGCCAUACAAAUGCUGCUGAUGUUGAGUUACUUAUUUCAAAAUUCUCUGGAUUCUUAAUAAACUAAGUUAAAAAUCCCAA